GGGGCCGGGCUGAGGGCCUGCUGCGGGCCUCGGCAGCUGCGAGGCUGUCCCCGCGGGCGGCGCGUCUCCCCGGAGCUGACUCCCGCGGCACCGAGUCUUUGCGGGUCGGGACCCGGGGGGCCGCACCGCGCUGGGCUCAGGCUGAGUACACCGUCACAUCCUAGCCACCAGCAUGUCUAUUGGUUUUACCUCCCAGCUGUCUUAACUUUGUCUGCUUCUCUGUCACCACAUUGAUCUAAGUCUCUUAUCUCCUGCUUGGACCACGACCCUCAGUCUUCUGGGAGGGAGUGUGAAGAUGCUUAAAGAGUGUCCAGGGAUGGCAGAAGAUCGUCAGCAGCAAAUGGGUGUCCCUGUGGUAAAACUGGAGAAAGAGUUGCCGUGGGGCAGGGCGAGGGAAGGCCCCAGCCCGGAGACUUUUCGCCUGAGGUUUCGGCAGUUCCGCUACCAGGAGGCGGCUGGUCCCCAGGAGGCCCUCAGGGAGCUCCAGGAGCUCUGUCGCCAGUGGCUGCGCCCCGAGCUGCACACCAAGGAGCAGAUCCUGGAGCUGCUCGUGCUGGAGCAGUUCCUGACCAUCCUGCCCCGGGAGUUCUACGCCUGGAUUCGGGAGCACAGCCCGGAGAGCGGCAAAGCCCUUGUGGCCGUGGUGGAGGGCUUCACGGAGGGAGCCCUGGAGGCCAAGGCGGUUCCGUGCCGUGUGCAGGGAGAGCAGGAGGAGACAGCACUUUGCAGAGGUCCUUGGGAGCCAAGUGUCCACCUGGGGCCCGUGGAGGUCAAGCCCGAGUGGGGGCUGCCCCAUGGGGAAGGAAUUCAAGGCCUCGACCAAGGCGCUGAGGAGCAGCUCAACCAGGAUCCUGGAGAGGGGACGCAGGCCUUCCAGGAGCAGGCUCUGCCAGUUCUUCCGGCUGGUCCUGGCCUCCCUGCAGUGAGCACCAGAGACCAGGAGAUGGCAGUGGGGUUCCUUACAGCUGGAUCCCAGGGGUUGGGCCCAUUUAAAGACAUGGCCCUGGCUUUCCCCGAGGAGGAGUGGAGGCACGUGACCCCAGCCCAGAUAGACUGCCUUGGGGAGUACGUGGAGCCCCAGGACUGCGGGGUCUCACCUCCAGGCCUGGGGAGCAAGGAAAAGGAGGCGAAGACCCAGCCGGCAGACCCCAAGGGGCCGCUUGCUCGGGGGCCGGCAGAGAGGUUUGGGGAAGCCUCUCUCCAGGUCCCGGAGCUCGGAAGAACCUGUGAGCAGGAGGCCGGGAGCUCGGUGGGGAAUGCGCCUGGGCCGCCCCCUCCCCAGCGCGGCAUUGCCCCCCUGCCUGAUGACCUCAAGACCCACAGCUCCUUCUGGAAGCCUUUCCAGUGCCCCGAGUGCGGAAAAGGCUUCAGUCGGAGCUCAAAUCUGGUCAGACACCAGCGGACCCACGAAGAAGACAAGUCCUAUGGCUGCGGGGAGUGUGGGAAAGGCUUCGCGCUGCGUGAGUACCUCCUGAAGCACCAGCGGACCCACCUGGGCAGGCGGCCGUACGCGUGCGGCGAGUGCUGGAAGACCUUCAGCCAGCGGCACCACCUGGAGGUCCACCAGAGGAGCCACACGGGCGAGAAGCCCUUCCAGUGCGGGGACUGCUGGAAGAGCUUCAGCCGCCGGCAGCACCUGCAGGUGCACCGGCGGACGCACACCGGGGAGAAGCCCUACACCUGCGAGUGUGGCAAGCGCUUCAGCAGGAAUGCCAACCUGGCCGUGCACCGGCGGGCCCACACUGGGGAGAAGCCCUACGGCUGCCAGGUGUGUGGGAAGCGGUUCAGCAAGGGGGAGCGGCUGGUCAGGCACCAGAGGAUCCACACUGGGGAGAAGCCCUAUUGCUGCCCUGCCUGUGGCCGGAGCUUCAACCAGCGGUCCAUCCUCAACCGGCACCAGAAGACGCAGCAUCGCCAGGAGACCCCAGGGCAGUGAGGGCGCCUGGCCGAAAUGCCCGUCUUUUGCUCACAGAAGGUGCCGGAGAAGGUGGGGCCUUCUGGAACCACCAGGCGGAGGGAGACCUCAUUGGAGGAUGUGCCCCCUUUACUCAUUGAAGGGUUGGGGGCGUCGAGGGACGUUGCGGGCAGAGAGGCGCUUUCACCCAUUUUCUUUCCACUCGUUUUACACAUAGGGGAAGGGAGAGGCCUGGUUUAUUUGAGAGGCCAGAGGGCACAGCAUCUCACGUCUCCUACCCAGGUGGUGCUCGUACUUUCUCUUACCCUUUUUGAGGAAGCGGUAUCCGGAGUUUCAGUUCAGGUCCUGGUUUUUCUCCUUCAGUGGAUGUUCACGUCCACCUCCUGAGCGAGUCUGGUUGUCAAGGUGAAAUCUUGUCCCGUGUCGGCAGCUUGAACCUCGUUUUUCUGAGGGCUGUGUCCCUGCAAGAACAUUAGCUCUGUCUCCCUUCCCCCAGUUCUCUUUUCCAUUUAACAGAUAUUUAUUUGCUAAAUAACACCUACUGUGCGCCUGGUUCUGGGAGUGCAGUGAACGAGACAGAUGAGACCUCAUUCCCCUGGAGCUUGUGAUUGGGCCCUGGAAGCAGACUCGUUAAUAACGCAGAGCGCCCUCAGUUCCCUUCACAGCGAGUGCCGAGAGAGAGGAAGUCCUCUCAGGCUCAUUCUGCGCUCCUUCUGCCCUGCCCCUCCAGGUGCCUGAUCUUUUCCUCCCAGCUGGGGUCGCUCAGGCAGCCUCCUUUAUUUUACUUUAUUUGCGGCCCCCUUUGUCUCUGUGACAGUCUACUCGUUGGUGGUUUCCCCAUUCCAUUAUUCCUUGAACAAUAACAACUGUCCACACAUCUGUUAGGAAAUUAAUAUUUUGCUUUUGAUCAGUGUAUAAACAGAGUAUUUUAAACAAACAUCCAGGUCUGUAUAAAAUUCUAAUUAAAUGGGACCGAAAGAUGAACUAGUAUUAAUACCCUGUACUUGAUGGCCCUUUACAAUAUAUAAAAUGUGCUGCUUCCCUGUUUUCUCACUUGACUCGUUCCACAGAUAUUUACUGAGGCCCGACAGUGUGCCAGGAACUCUUCUAGGUGCUUGAGGUACAUCAAUGAAUAAAAUAGGUGGGGUGUGGAGGUGGCGUGGGAAAUCCCUGUCCUCGUGGAGCUUACGUGUUGGUCAAUGUAUUUGAUCUUCAGAACCACCCAAAGUGGAACCCGUGGCUGUUCCCCGGGACCCUUUGGACCUGGCAUCUGAGCCUGUGCCUCAGUCCUGUCAGCUGGCCCUGAAAUGCAUUCGCCACCACCUACCUCUUGUUCCUGAAUCAUCUCCGUCCUCAGUGCAUCUCGGUCCUUGUCAUCUGAGAGGUACUUGGGGUCCUCAGGGCCACCUGGAGAUGAUGAGACGGUAGCAGUCUGUUUUGCAUGAGUGCCAAUUAACGAAAGACAAAGCUGUUUGUAGGCAUCAAAAAAACACAUUUUUUAAAAAUGAGGCGAUGCGGCGUUUGUACAUGUGCUUAAGCGUCGCCGUCGUUAACGGCUUUCCUUCCUCUUGGGCGUUCUGGAGGCCGCCUGGCGGGCCUGGGCCGCGCCGCAGUGUCGCAGCGCUGUGCCUUUGGACACCGGCUGCUGAGCGAUUAGUUUUCUGACGGGACUGUAAGUUAGUCUGUCUUUGGACUGUGUCCUGUAAUUGCAAGAUGUGAUUUGUCUCAUGGUGCCUCUUGAUAUUAUAUUCUUUCACUGGGAUUUUUUUCCCCCCAUUUUUCAUUGUAAAUAAGGUAAAUGGUAAUGACUUUAAUACAGAGAGUUACAUUACUCAGUCCACCUUGAAAAACAUUAUUUUAUCACUCAUUUCUUGGCAGAUAACCGUGGUGUUUACUUUUGAUUGAACGAAUGAUCUCCUGGCCCUUCAGUUGUCCCCAUGAGGCUGCGCUGACCAGGGCGCUGUGAGAUGUCCAUUCUCUGAGAUGCUGGGCUGCUACUUCUCAGCAACAUCGAGGUCCAGAUGCAGAGUCAGCUCUUUUCUUCCCCAUGCCCCAGACAAGCCAGGCAAGGCUUACAGCCACCUGGAGGCCAAACCCAGUAAGAGGCUUUUCCUAAGCCUCUGGCCUGUAGUCUGUGUGACGUGGGGGCUGACCUGACCUGAGUUUGGCCUUUUCUGGAAGGUCUGUAUUCCAGAGCUAGGCGGGGAGUUUGGGGCCAGCGUGGCCUCCGAGUUGCUCAUCAAUGGGCUUCUGUUUACCUGAAUUAAGUGGUAGAUUCUCUGAUCAUACACUGGGUUUCCAGUCAGCUGAGAUCUCUUGAGGGAGCUUCUGUAAGAGGCCUUGCUGUCUUUCCCACGUGGGCUCCCCUGUCCGCUUUGAGAACAAAGCUCAUGGACAGUUCCUCAAAAGAGUCUCAGAAGAAAUCUUUCCCCAUGGAGUUGUAGUAGCCUUAUUUUUGGUAUCUAUUCAAAUGUCAAAUAUUGUUUUCUGUAUUUUUCUAUUUAGGAAUUUUUCAUAAUAGAAAAUUUCAAACAUAGAUAAAUGAAUCCUCAUGUAUUCAUCAUUCAACUUUAUUUAUUUUUUUGCGGUACGCGGGCCUCUCACUGUUGUGGCCUCUCCUGUUGCGGAGCACAGGCUCCGGGCGCGCAGGCUCAGCAGCCAUGGCUCAUGGGCCCAGCCGCUCCGCGGCAUGUGGG